UUGAGACGUGUUGAACACGUGUUUUACUGAUGGGGUAAUUUCCGAUGGAGUUUAAUAGAGAUAAUAAACAGCUGUUAACCGUAAUCACUGAUGGCUGUGAUAUACCUACUGUAAAGAACUCAGAAUGGGAAAUCUGAAGAUUUCAGAAUUGCUAUUGUUUGCAAUAGCAGCAUUGCACUGUGGGACAUCAGAAGACUUUAUUAUGGGUAACUGUAAUGAUACCAUCAGACUUCCUUGUGAAGCUACUGACCGAACCAAAAUGUACCGUUACAUCAUGUGGUAUAAAACAGAGAGUCCUAUCAUCAAGAGGAAAAACCAAGAAUAUACAUACUAUAGUAAUGUAACAUCUUUUUCUCUGGGACUUGAUGAGGCCCUGGUGUUACAUAAUGUGCAGUCUUCAGACUCUGGAGAAUAUAAAUGCUACCUGGCUGCUGAGGUUGGAGGUCGAAAUGACCAAUCAUCAAUUAGAUUAAAUAUCUCAGAAUGUUUAAAUGUGAGCACAGUUAAACCCAUCACGACCAUGAUCCCUGCUGAAUCCUGUCCUGCUGUAGCAGAAUUAACUGUUCCCUGGGCUGUCAUUGGCUUUUCUCUUAUCAGCUUGUCCAAAGUCAUCUUUUGCAUUAUAACUGUGGGGGUGUGUGAUCGAGUCAUUUUUAGAACACUAAGAAGAAAACAGGAAGUAAGGGGAAGCAAGGUCAAGCUGGAAAGCCUGAGAGUCACAAAAAACUAAUGGGAUCAUUUUAGUUUUUUCGCAUCCAUUAGCCAAGUUAAAACUCUCAUACUUUAGAAUUGUAUGUAUUUACUGUCUAUAGCAAAUGUAUGUACUUUAUGGAUCUUAAGGGUUAUAAAUACGUUCUAAACAUUGUUUAUGUAUAAUAGAUUAAGAUUUUUAUUUAUGAAUAAUGAAUAAAGACCAUAUUUUAACCUAUGGAUAAAUAUUAAACAAUCAAGAUUUUAGGUUAGUUUGAUUAUUAACUUGAUGGAUGUAUAGGCCUUUUGCUUUUAGUGUUUGAACAAGCUCUAUAUUCACUCAAUGGUUGGGAGAUAACUUGGUAGAAAUAUGUUAUGCGUGUAAUGAUGUAAGCUUAUCAUUUAUCAUUUUAAACAGUUCAUGGAGAUUAUGUAGAGGAGCAGAUUCAUUUUGGUAGCAUGGUACAUGCAUCAAGAUGGUUUCAACCAGACAGCUAUGCGCCAAAAUGCCCAUCUUUGUGAGCAUACUUGUAAACACAGUCAGAUCCUGGCAUUUAUAAGAUCUUUAAGGGAUAGUUAUAUAUUAGUAGAAGUAGUGCAUUAUAUGUUUCCCUUAGAAAGUUUGUAUAUAGUAGCUAUAACAAAUUUAGGACCUUAAUUAUGAAAACUAUCAAAAGCUUAAGUCAUUUCAUGCAUUUCACGAUCAACUUCCUGUUUGAGGCUGCCUCCUGUUUUUGUUUUUUUUGUUCACUCAUCAGGUGAAAAAAUAAAUACUGUACAGG